GCAUGACGCUACGACGCGUGGCAGUGCAUCUCACACACACACACGAGCCAAACAUACACCACACAUGCGCGCAACGAAACGAAACGCGAACAGCCGAACAAAACAAAACACUCGCGUGCAUCUGCAUUCAUAUUCCACCAAUCACACACAUCAUCCUAACGAGGAGCAGGGCUUCAGUAUUAUUCACGCAGCAACGUGUGCUGCGUGCGCGCGUGUGUGAAUCAAAGAAUAUAUAUAAAUAGCGUGAGUGAGUGUGAUAUCCGAGUGUGUGCACGGUGCAUUUUCGCCCUCUGCGCUCGUGUGUGUGCGCGCCGGCGGGAUGUUUACGCGCUUGCGAUGCGCGCGCGUCGCGUAUAAAAUCCAAUUGGAAUUUUCGUUGCUAUAAUACUCUAGCAAUAAAAAAAAAACAAGUGAAUAACGCCAAACGCCAAACGCCGGGGUUUGAUUGUUGCGUGUGCGCGCAGAAACAAAAACAUACAGUGUGUGUUGUUGAGUGCAAUUAUACAUAAACUUGGAUAUUGAAUACUAUAUACGUUUUUAUCAUCUUGGACAACCAAAAAAAUUGGCGACGACAAGAAAGCGUUUGAUUGGACGAACAUUCUGAGUGCUUUUGCUUUUUGGUAUCAAGCAUUACCAAUCUUUGGAAAAGACUGUUAUAUUUGUGAUAUAGUGCAGAAUAUCUCCAGAAUGCCCGCGUGAUGCCUCGACCCUCACGGUGCGCGAGUGCCGCCCCCUGUGACACCCUGCAACUGUGUGUAUAGUGUACCCCAGAGACAUUAAUCUCUCCUCACCCGAAAAUGGAGUUGAAACAUGAUUUACUCUACGGCGAGGAGCGCUUGGUGGUGAAGACGGAGCCACGCCUCCAUUCGCCGACCAGUAAUGGUGCGCCGCCCCCGGCGACAAAUGGCGUCGCCGGAUCCAAUGGUUUCGCGCUGAAUGGCGGGCCGUUCAGCGGGUUGGGUAAAAGGCCGCGCACCGACGAAUGGCCACCGACGAGUGGUGGCGGGCAGGCGACGCCCGGGGGCGGUGGGAGUGCGCCGCUUACGCCUUCGCCGGGACCGCCUUCGCAUUCGUACACGGUCGCUAGUAAUGGUUACUCCUCGCCCAUGUCCUCAGGCAGCUAUGACCCGUAUAGUCCUAAUGGUAAAAUAGGUCGUGAAGAUUUAUCCCCUAGUAGUUUAAACGGCUACAGCGCUGACAGUUGCGAUGGCAAAAAGAAAAAAGGUCCCACACCGCGUCAGCAGGAGGAACUCUGCCUGGUGUGCGGUGAUCGCGCAUCAGGUUAUCACUACAAUGCGUUGACAUGCGAAGGCUGCAAAGGGUUCUUCCGGCGGAGCAUAACCAAGAAUGCCGUCUACUCCUGCAAGUACGGCAACACGUGCGAGAUUGAUAUGUACAUGCGACGCAAGUGUCAGGAGUGCAGACUGAAGAAGUGUUUGGCGGUGGGCAUGCGCCCUGAGUGCGUCGUACCGGAAGUGCAGUGCGCUGUCAAACGCAAGGAGAAAAAGGCGCAGAAGGAGAAGGAUAAACCGAAUAGCACGACGAAUGGCUCGCCGGAUAUUAUUAAGAUGGAACCCGAGGUAUGCAACCACCUCCUACAACCACUCAAAAGUGUUUUCUUGCAGUUGUCUGACAGCGAACGACUGCCGACCGUCAAUGGCGUGAAGGCGAUCUCGCCCGAGCAGGAGGAACUCAUACAUCGAUUGGUUUACUUCCAGAACGAGUACGAGCACCCGUCCGAGGAGGACGUGAAACGAAUCAUUAACCAGCCGCUAGAGGGCGAGGACCAGUGCGAUGUGCGUUUCCGUCAUAUUACUGAGAUUACGAUACUCACCGUGCAGUUGAUUGUGGAGUUUGCAAAGAGGUUACCUGGUUUUGAUAAGUUACUGCGUGAAGAUCAAAUUGCGCUCCUUAAGGCGUGUUCAAGUGAGGUUAUGAUGUUCCGAAUGGCGCGGCGGUACGACGUCCAAUCCGACUCCAUCCUCUUCGUCAACAACCAGCCGUACUCCCGCGACAGUUACAAUCUCGCCGGCAUGGGCGACACCAUUGAGGACCUUCUGCAUUUCUGCAGAACUAUGUACUCGAUGAAGGUUGAUAAUGCCGAGUAUGCGUUACUUACUGCCAUCGUUAUUUUCUCCGAACGACCCGCAUUAAUUGAAGGCUGGAAAGUGGAGAAAAUUCAAGAGAUCUAUCUGGAAGCACUGCGAGCGUACGUGGACAACCGCCGGAAAACAAAACCCGGCACGGUGUUCGCGAAACUCCUCUCCGUGCUCACCGAACUGCGCACGCUCGGCAACCAGAACUCGGAGAUGUGCCUCACGCUGAAGCUGAAGAACAAGAAACUGCCGCCCUUCCUCGAGGAGAUCUGGGACGUCGACCAGCGGUUAUAGUAGCCUCACGGCCAGCGCACGCAUGCGCCGCGCGCUUACACGUCUAGGAGCAUAAGAUAUCGAUCGAUUGAUGAAAUCGUAGGCUGUGAAAACUAAUUCUUAGUAAGGACUCUAAAAAUCUCUACACAAAAAAAAAAAAACGAUAAACAAAAAACUACUCGAAAACAUCCGGUGCGAGAGCGGGGCGGGCAUGGCCGCCGCAGAGACGACUAUUAGACACUAAUACUAAGAACCUAACUGUAUGUAUUGUAUUGUAUGUUGCGUCGGUUGAGAGUUUAACCAAGUUUAAGCGCGGUGCGGACAGAUGGACACACUGUAUGUAUAGUAGAAGCAAAGCUGGAAGAGAAGAGAAGAGAGAGGGUCUCAUUACGUACGUUAUUUAAUUUUUUUCAUGUGUUUUUUUUUAUGAUUUUUAUUUUCUAUUAAGACUGGAUCGGACUGAUACUAGAAAAAAAAAUGAAGAAAACUUACAAGGUGCCUUUCGCAGACUGAGAGAGGGCCACGGAUUUUUGUGCAAUUUUGCGAGUAUCGGUAUAUUUUCGGCGAGAAAAACACACACACACACGACACUCACACGCAGUAAGAAAUUAGGUUAGGUUCAAAACCGACAUAACCCCACCGAAACACUCCUAAAAACAAACAAAAAAAAAAACAAAAGAAUUGCAACACGUAGACUGAGCCGUCCUAAAAAAAUGUAAAUAUUAUUUUAAAACACACUUUUUUAUUACCGCAAUGGUAACGAAACACACCCAUACACACAAAACGGAGCAGUUAUAGGGUAUAAAAAAAAACCAAUGGUAGAAACGAAUCGUACUUUGAAGAAUCGUACUGUGAAACCGAAGCGUCUUUUUAAAUUUUAUCGAAGUGGGACUUAAUUGUAACCGCGAGUGUUUGACACACGAGACAGAAAGCGAGAGGAUUGCAAAUCAUGUUUUGUACUAUAUUAUAUUAUAAAUAUUAUACAUACCUUUAAUCUUAGUGAUUGCGCUCGAUUGCAUUGAUGUAAAACCGAUAAAAAGUUUAUUGCGACAAUGACAACAAUGCUGUAAGAAACUGUACACUGCGUAGCAUGUAAAAACUCACGUAUUUUUCAUAUAUAUUAAUUGAUAUGAAUUUCGCGAUCAUCCCGCAUCGUAGGCAUGCAUAUUUUUCAUAACCUCAUCUGAACGCCAACCACCUUCAUUCUCGUGAGACGUUUGUAACUAGAAUUUAUUAUUAUAUAGGUUGUUUGGAGCCAGCAAAUGCCUUAAACGAAACGAAUCCACAAGUGCGGUUAGGUUGCUGCUUGUGGAUUGGUUUCCCGGUGAAUAACAGACCGUCGACCGCCCGGAAAUUCGUUAAAAACACAAGAAAUUAUAACAAAUCGUCAUUAAUUACUACAUAAUAUAUAAAAUAUUCUAUAUAUAUCUAUGAGAAAUGAAGAUGAAACAAAUGAAUGUACACUAUAAUAUAAACAAAAAAAAUUAUGCGCAUGCGCGGUGGGACAAGUGCAAUAUUUUCAAUUCGACGCCGUAUUUUUGUGUCACCGGUUAUUACCUCUGAUCUAUGUGUAGAGGUUAUGUUAUGGCAGGUAUAUCGAUGUACAAAACGUAUAAUUGUAAGGUACAAAACAAAUUCAGGACUUAACACGUGAAGUUGAAGGAAAAAAAAAACGUUAAAAAAACAAACAAUACAAUUGUUGAAAUAAAUAUACUACAUAAUUAAUAGAUAUUAAAUGUGUAAUAAGAGAAAUGCGCGCGUCGACGGUCAGAACACUUUUAACCUCAAAAAAAAACGAAGAAAUAAAAAUAAAAGCAAAAACUACGCACUGCCGUUGUGAGAGAAGUAAAAAGAUGAAGAAAAAAAUAAUACAACAAAACAAAACAAACAUAAUACACACUUACACACCGAUUGUUUGCCGUUUAUUUAUCGUCUCAGCGAACACUCAUCGUCAUCCAUCUUUGUCAUCAUCAUCAUCAUCAUCACAAAACAAGAUGUCCUCUCAUCUAGUCUCAUAACGAUAACUAGUAAUUAUGCUAAACGUAAAACCUAAGCGUAAAAUACAGUAAGAUAUACUCUAUGGCGAUUUAACAACCAGACAACGUGUCCGUGCGUAGGUACACCAAUUCGGAUUAUAGAUGUUUGAUUUCUUCAUUUUGCUGUCGAAAGAAUUAUUGUAAAUUAAACCACACACUGCCAAUGUUCAUCUCGCGUAGUAUACAUAUUGGACUGCCACGCAUAUGCAACCCAACAUACACACAACACACAACUAACCAACAAAUGCUCAUCGUGCACGGACACAUUCACACACCACACACACACACAUGGAGAUAAUUAUAACGAAGAAAAAUACUUGUACCAGUUUACGCUGUCUCUAUCAACGUCGCAAGCCUCUUAAAACUCUUUCAAAACGAAAAACACACAUGGCGGAUUGUUUCGGUUUUGUAUUUGUAUGUUACUGUUACAAUCGAUGAUAACCGAUGAUAGACAACCAAUCAGGCAAUCAGAAUUCAGUUUUCGUUAACUGAUAAGUUUCUACGACACUUUUGUAUAACCAUUUUCAUUCCCGAGCGAUGCCGAGGGUUCGACGUAGGCAACCAGGCGAUAUCACAGCGCAGCCAUUUUGUUUCGUGACACACAACCCACUUAAAUUUUGUACAUUUUUGGAUGAGAGGAUGUGAGCAGUGAGAGAGGAAAGCAUACAUGAUUGUUUGUAUUGUGGAAAACGUGCAAUAUGUACAAAUUUUACUAAUUUUACUUUUUUUAUAUAAAUAUUCUACGGAUAAUUAAUAUUAUUACUUGUUUAUUAUUAUUAAUAACUGAUAUGAUUGUAUAUGAGAUGAUUAUUACAAAUAAUGAAUAUAAAUUAAAACAAUUAUGUUAAGCAGA